AUACAUACAACGAUAAGAAGGAAUAGUGUAGAAAAACGGCGAGUAUAGAUCGAAGAUUUCCGAGAUCAGUCGCAACAAUGCAAGGAGGAUCAACAGGCAUCGGCUAUGGCCUCAAGUAUCAGGCGAGAUGCAUCGCCGACGUCAAAGCCGACACUGAUCAUACCAGCUUCCUCGCCGGAACUCUUAGCCUUAAAGAAGAGAACGAGGUGCAUCUUAUUCGGCUCUCCGCCGACGGCACCGAAUUGAUCUGCGAGGGUCUGUUUUCUCACCCUAAUGAGAUUUGGGACCUCGCUUCUUGCCCCUUUGAUCAACGCAUCUUCUCCACCGUUUUCUCUUCCGGUGAAAUGUAUGGGGCAGCAAUUUGGCAGGUGCCUGAGCUGUAUGGGCAGCUGAAUUCCCCACAGUUAGAACGGAUUGCUUCUCUUGAUGCACAUGGUUCAAAGAUUAGAUGCACACUUUGGUGGCCCACUGGAAGGCAUGACAAAUUGGUUACCAUUGAUGAACAGAAUCUUAUUCUGUGGGGCUUUGACACGUCAAAGAAGACUGCACAAGUGCAAGCAAAAGAAUCAGCUGGAUUGCUUCACUCUUUAUCUGGGGGAGCUUGGGAUCCACAUGAUUAUAAUGCCAUUGCCUUAACAUGUGACUCAUCAGUUCAAUUUUGGGAUCUACGUAAUAUGAAGAAAACAAGCUCAAUUGAGCAUGCUCACAUCCGAAAUGUAGACUAUGAUGUUAAGAAAAAGUAUAUGCUUGUAACUGCUGAAGAUGAAUCUGGGAUAAACAUAUGGGACCUUAGAAUGGUGAAGUUUCCUGUCUUACAGCUUCCUGGGCAUGAUCACUGGACAUGGACUGUGAAAUGUAAUCCUGAAUAUGAAGGCUUAAUUCUGAGUGCUGGGACUGACUCUGCAGUCAAUUUGUGGCUUACAUCUCCUCCUAGUGCUGCAGACCUAAUGUCUGAGAGCUUUGAGUCCAAUACUAGUCGGGUUGGCCAUUUGCUUAACUCAUACAGUGACUAUGAAGAUAGUGUAUAUGGUCUUGCUUGGAGUUAUCGAGAACCAUGGAUGUUCGCAUCAUUGUCUUAUGACGGGAGGGUCGUUGUGGAAUCCAUUAAGCCUCAUCUUCCAAGAAGAUGAAUAAUGAGCAAGUGCAGGUGCUCUGGUUCUCAAGCACUUCUUAUUUUGGUCCCUAGCUCUCUUGUUCUGAUAUUCCUUUACCCAUUUCCUACAUUUUAACAUCAGAGUUUGAGAAUAGUGUUCGCAUCAGAAUCUGUUGCAGCCAAACAGCGCGAUGAUGAUGAAGCCGCAACUGCUGACAUGGAGUUCAAGACUGUAACAAGACAUUGCUUUGCUUGUUGUGUUAUGGUGUUUCUUUUUCAUUUUUAUGUCAAAGCUUAAUCCCACCAUUCAUUCACCUUUGCCAUGCUUGUUGCAUUGGUUAUCACUAUUUUUGUGCCAUAUCAAAACAUCAUAUAUCAGGAGUUUGUGUUAAAUGAUGUAAUGGAUGUACCAAUCUUUGUAUGUCAUAGCAUCGCAUUUUUUGGAUGAAGCAAAGCUUUUGACAUCCGGAGAGUGUCUCCGGAAGCAGUUUUAUGUUUAGAACAGUAUUGAACUUAAAGCUUAUUUAAUCAGACUCUUGAUAUUGUAAAAUGAUUUUAACUUUCUCAUGUUUGAUGCAAUGAUGAAUUAUAGGUUAUACGAA